AUGGGCAGCAACGGGAGCAGUGGGGACGACGAGUCGUCCUCUGACUCAGAGGAGGACAAGAGAGGGAGGCGGCCAGCCAAGCGCAGGGACAAGGCUGCCAAGGCCGGUGCUGCUGCUGGUGGUGGGCUGCUGAGCGGCGCCACGACGGACAAAAAGGAGCGGCGCCGGAAGAGAAAACAGAGGGGCGAGGGCGACGAGGGGGAGGGGCGCAAGGGCGACAUGAUGGCGUUGCAGAAGACCAGUUUGUACGGCCACAACCUGGGCACCGAGGGGCUGGACGAGGGGGAGGUGCAGCGGCAGAUGAAGAGAAUGAGACAGGAGCAACAAGACGUUGACGUCGACGAGAGGUGAGCCAGGGAGUGACCACACACCCACCCGACACACCACACAUGGACAUUCACGUUCCUUUCCUGGCCGUGUGCAGGCGUCGGUCGUAUCACAGCAUCGCCGGCACCAACGCGCUGGGCACCGUCACUGCAGAGGAGAUGGAGGUCAGCGAAGACCACACGCAUGUGGACUGCCUGACAUCGACGCGUUGCGCCAUGCUCCCUCUCUGUGUUUGUGUCUGUUGGUUCCCUCAGGCGUACAGUCGCAGCCGCGUGCACGCCGACGAUCCCAUGAAGGCCUUCCUCAAGUGA